CUCACCCUUAUUGUCUUCCAGGUGGCAUGAUGCCAAGCAGCGAAGAGCGAUGGCGCAAUGGAACGACUGCAGCUCAGGGUGCCCUGGGUCACUUGCUGGAGCGUAUCAACAAUGACUUUACGCCACAGCAUGACUCCCAGCACUACCAGCCAGGAUUUGUACCUUCUGCCUCCCCACCCUGGACGACGGCUGGGCAGUCCCCCCUUACCAGCCUAGGCUCGCAGAUGUCCCCACUGCCACCCGCACAUGCCAACCUGGGCUCACAGGUCCCCCCUAUGCAAAUCCCUCACAGCAAUAUGGGGCCACAGAUGCCCCCCCUGCAGCCACCAACCACUAGUACCCCAGGUGGUAUGCCCCUGGGCUCACAGCUCAGUGGUUCGGCCUCUAGGAGCUAUUCAGUCAGCCAGGACCUCUUCUCAGAGCUUGGGGGAGGGCGCAGCCCUCUCCUGAGGUCGUCCUCUGACCUUGGCCUCCGCGUGAAACACUACCAGGCUUCACAGGGUGUGCACUACAGUGAUGCCAGGAUGGAUGGUUUUAUGGACUCGAGUAUGGACUCCAUUGACAGUAUGCUCGUGGGUGGCCAUGAAUCGCCCUUCUUCCCUGAGGUGCAGAGGGGCCCCUCAUCAGGCACCUCAGGGACUCCUCCCCCACCACCCCUUCAAGGUGACCCGCAGAAUCUGCAGUCCUCCUACAGCCAGUCAGUCAGCUUCUAUCCCAGUGAACAUGACCGCAUGAUGGAUGAGGGCAGUGUCAACAACAUAACAGCAAAGUUCUCCAAUUUCACAGCCUCCCUGGGUAGCUGGUUUGGGCCUUUCGACCCGUUCCGCAGCAACUUGACAUCUGACCAGACCAAGGGGCCUGUGGUGUCACAGGCUUUUCCUGUGGCUGUGAGCCGGACCCCGGUGCAGGUGACGAAUGAUGUCCCCACGGCUUCUCAGUGCAGCAACAGUAGCAGCAGUGGCAGCAGUGGCAAGAGAAACUCCAAUGUAACAGCAUCUCAGCCUGCACGAACCAACAAGCCAUCUUACUCAGACGUCCUGAGUAAGAACACGGUGCAGGAGGGAAAGCAGAGUGGCUCUGGGACAGGGGCAAGCAGUGGUAACAGUGGUGCAAACAGCAGCAGUGGAAGUGGUGGUGUCAGCAGUUACCCUCAGUCACCUUCCCCGAUCCCUGCCAAUCAGCCACCUCAGUCCCCUUCACCUGGUCCAAUAACAACCCGUCCAGACCUACAGAAUCACAACCAGCAUGGCAGCAAUGUCAAGUCAAAGCAGAGGAACUCCAACAGUGGGAGCAGCAGUGGCAAUAAUGGUGGGAGUGGUGGCCACAGCAGCAGGUUCCUUAGCAAGGGUGACUCCCACAUUUCAUCCUCAAGAGUGGGGCUAGAUGACUUUGACCUGAGUGACAUUGGACUAAGCAAUGGCCGCAUCAGUGCCUAUGAGCACUAUGAUUGGGGGGAGGGAAUGGAUACGCUCAUUGGAAAUGGAUCCAUGUCAUACAGAUUGUCAGCAAGUAGUCCCACACACCAAUCAAAAAAAUCAAGCUCUAAAGACACCAAGAAGAACACACCAGAGAAGACUAGUGGCAGCACUCACCAUGAGGGCAACACGGCACGUGGGAAUGACCAGUUAAACAACAAGGUCAACUCCAGUCAGCAAAAGCAACCACCAAGACGAACGUCAUACAUCAAUAAUAACCUGAAUGCCAACACCUCAACAACGGCCCCUCCUGCUUCGCCAACCAACAGUAAUAGUCAUCAUGGUGACAGCAGUCCUGCAAGUAGUGUCAAUGCCUGUGAGAGUAGCACGGCCAACAACAACAACAAUGACAUCACUCGCAGUGACAGCAAUAAGACCAAGAGUGCGCAGAUGAGCAAAGAAGAGAAAAAAUAUGCAGAGCACAGUGCAAGCAAUAGCAGUAACAGCAACAAUAGCAAUAGCAAUAGCAACAGUAACAGCAACAGCAACGGAGGCCGGGCAGCAAGCAGAAAACAAGUGCCGAAUAAUCACGAGAGGUUUGAGAGAAAUCGGGAAAACCAGUCGAAAAGGGUAACCCAGAGGAGGCGAAAAGGAACAUCAUUUACACAUUCAGAACUGGUGGUGGCGAGCUGGGCUGUGGUGGUGCAGUGGGUGGGGCUGGCACUGCAGGCAGUCCUAUGGCUGGGCACCCUCUCUGCUGAUGUCAUGGUCAUGAGCUCCCGCCUCUCACUCCACCUCAUGACAGUAGUCUGGGCCAGACUCAAGGAGACAUGGGCCUGGCUCAUGCUCAAUGGCCGAUACUACUGGACCAAGUGGAUCAAUUGCUUCUGGAACACGGAUAAGGAACACAUAAGAAUGUCAGGAAAGGAAAACAAAGUCUCAAAUGGCCUAGAAUGCAACAUCUCUUUACCAACAACUGGAGAGGAGGCCAUGAAGCGACUGCUGGCCUGCAAGGGGAAAGACCCGUACAACAUCCUUGGGGUGACGCAAGACUGCACGGACGAGGAUAUCAAGAAGUACUAUAAACGGCAAGCGUUUCUAGUGCACCCGGACAAGAACAAACAACCAGGAGCAGAGGAAGCCUUCAAAAUUCUGGCACAUGCCUUCGAAAUUAUAGGAGAGCCGGAUCGCCGACGAGAAUAUAAUGCUAGUUUAGCAGAAGUUCAGUUAGAAGGCGCGUGGGGGGAGCUGGCAUCGCUCUUAACGCGGCUCCAGGAGAAACUCGACGAAGCCGCGAACACCAUACGCUGUACCAACUGCAACAAGAGGCAUCGACGUACCAAGUUAACCAAGCCUAUUUAUGCGGCAAGACAUUGUGCGGAAUGCCAGAUACACCAUGCUGCAAGGGAGGGAGACAUAUGGGCAGAAAGCACUAUGCUAGGCCUUCGAUGGAGGUACUUCGCGUGUAUGGAGGGAGCCGUGUAUGACAUAAGCGAAUGGGCGGCAUGUCAGAGUGAGAACCUGAAGCACCUCCAAGCAAACACCCACAGUGUCCAGUACCGCAUCGUAUCGGGGAAGAAAAAUCCCCCUUCGAAGAGGAACACCCCAGAGUUCCCGAGUGAUCCAGACCUGGAAGAAUUCUUCAACAACCUCUGUAAGGAGAAAUUUGGAAAGAACUACACCUCAAGCAACAGCCAGUCUGGUGGCCAGCAAAUGCCUGAUAUGCGCAAGAGGAAGGGCAAGAAAAAGAAGUGAAAAUAGCUCGGCCAAAAAAACAACGGUGCUUUUCAUAAACAGCAGCAGCGGUGUGGGAACUCUUGGGGAUCGUGAUGCCAUGGCUGGAGAAUCUUAUACUGUCUUUUUUUUUUUGUUUUCAUUUUUGUGUUAAUGAAUUUUAUUGUUAUUGAUAUUUUUUAAAAUGGUGAUUGAAUCUUGAUAAGCUGGAAUUUCGAAUCAAAUAUAUAGAUGCACAUUA